CAAGGCUACAGGCGCUGGGCAGGGGGCACACCUGAGGCCCGGGCGGAGCGGGGAUGCUGACAUUUUUGGGAGUCCCGGAGGGCGGCGUUGCGGGGCGGGCGGCGGCCGCAGGAGGGUGCUGCGGGAGCGGCGCGGGCGCGACUGCAGAAGAUGUCGGUGGGGCGCUGGCUACCGGCGUGGUGGUGGUGGCUGCUGGCGCUGCUGUGGGGAGGCGCGGGGGGCUAUGUGGUGGUCAGCUCAGUGUCCUGGCCGCUGCCCGAAGAGGGAGCGGCGGCGGACGAGCUGCACAGCUCCUCCACCGAGGAGGCGCUCCCUGCGCUUCUGGAGGAGGCAGGCGGCCUCUGGAAGCAGAGCUACCCGGCCUCGGCUUACCGAGAGGAUGCGGCCCUGGGCUCCGGGCCAGCGAGGCGGCAGCCGGGGCAGGGGGCCACCCCCUCCAGGAUGUUCUCUUACCGACGGGAGGGCGGCGGGGCGCCCGGCCGCGCCGGGACCGCUCGCUACCUCGCCCAUUACAACACCUGGGGCUUCGUGGCUACGCGGGCCGCGCAAGGAAAGAUCCAAGGUAUGCCCUAUGGGAACUGUUUACUUCUCAGUGAUGGCCCUGUCAGUAACAGCACUGGAGUCCCUUUCUUUUAUGUGACACCAAAGGACAACACUGUGGCAGACCUCCUGAAGAAUCCUGUCGCUUCUCUGACUCUUCCAGAAGCAGAUGGAAACUUCUGCAGAAAAAACGUGAUCGAUCCCGAGGAUCCAAGGUGUGCCAGGCUGACUCUCAUGGGGCAGAUGGUCACGGUGCCUCCGGAGGAAGUGGAAUUUGCCAAGCAAGCAAUGUUUUCCAGGCACCCAGUGGUAAGAAAGUGGCCUCGUAGCUAUGAGUGGUUCUUCAUGAAAAUGAACAUUGAACACAUCUGGCUUCAAAGCUGGUAUGGAGAAGUUUUUGCUAUUGCAGUAGAAGAGUAUUUAAAAGCAGUUCCAAGUAAAGGAUGAUAGAAUGGGCUUCAAGAUAGAGAUCUGAGCCUCCCUUCCAAACACUUUGAAAAUGUCAUGCUGGAUGAUACUUUAUUUUUUAUUUUUUCCCAAAAGGCUUCAAAAUAGUCCUGCCUCACAUGGAGCAGAGUGAAAAUAAACUGACACAGACUUUCGAAUUAUAAAGGAGAGGUGGAUACUAGCCCUGCCCUGCAAUGUACAAACUUGUCAUCUCAAACAGGCAAUGCAUCAUCUUACACGUUGCUUAAAAAUGCUUUGUGUCUGUUUGUUUUGACUUCUCUUGCUGUGCACCCACAGGGAAACUACCAUGUGUGCUAAAUAUAAUGUUCUGAUUUACAGAAAAAGCAGAUUGCCUAUUCAGAACCCUCUGCAUUGUGGAGGUAUUACUGCUGCUCGGUCUCUCUUGCUUUCUAAGUUUCUAACAGAAACUUAAUAGCUGAUGAUCUAGAUAUUUCAGUUAAAAAAAACAACUUUUUUGAUAACUUAUAUUUUCUACCUGUGUUUUUCCCUAACUGGAUCAUUUGAUGUAUGACUUGGAAAUUGAGUAGAAAUGUUCUCUUUUAGUAGAAAAAAUGCAGGCAGUUCAAACAGCACAGUUCCAAUAUAACUUGUCUCUCACUGACACAAAGCUGGUUAAACAUGUUAAGGGCCAAAACCAAAUCAGACUCACAAGGAUUAUCCUAAUACAAGUAGAAACAUUCUCAGAAGAAGAAUUUAAGUAAAUGUUUUCAGCUGGUCUGUUCCUGUUAUGAGACAGGAAAAGCAGUUUUAAUAGCCUGUAGUACAAGGGGGGUUUUAUCCCUUCUCCAGCCACCACUUUGUUUUCAGCUCAUUUGUGCUAACUCAUCUAGGGGUGGAUCCAGUCCCUUAACUCUGUUUCCUCAUCAGGUCUUAAAUGACUUCUUCAUGCAUAUAUAUUUUUAAAGAAGCCUAAUGACAGGUAAUUCAGGCCACUCAUUUUCUGAGUGUGUUUGUUUUGUUGCAAACACCUUAUGAAUGGCCAUGUCACGUAACAAUACCAAAAGAGAUCAAAGGUAUUUUAUUCACCUUCAUCCCAUUCUCUGGAUGUCCUGGUAAACUUAUUCUACAGUUCCAAGGGGUAUCAUAGUAAGAAAGGAUACUGUGGCUAACCAGCCAAGUCAUUACACAGUUUGUAAAUUACAUGGCUGUUCUCUCUGCUACAUUAAGAAAGAGAUACAUUGACAUGGGGUUUCUGUGCCUGUGGGGAAGGUUUUCCAAAGUCCCCGGGGAGGGCACCUGUACUCUGCAUACUAGCCAGGACCAUGGCUGGGCUCAGGAUGAGCCUGGAUCCCUGGGCAAGUGACCUGAGCUUGUACAGGUUAAUCCCUGAGCAGAUCUCAGAGGCAGCUGCAUGAGCUAUGACCAGCUGGAAGCCAAUUAAGUGCAGCUGAGUGUAUUUUGGUUUGGGCAUAAAGACAGGGCGUAAUGCCAGGGGCAGAACUGGGCACCAUGCUGCUUUAACUACCAGGGGCCAAAUAGCCCUCGAGCAAGUUCAAGGCUCUGGGAAUCCCUAACAUUCCCGAUAACCUUUAAGAACUGAAGACAAACGCAGGGCAAAAACUUUGUUUAGAGACCCACUUGGCAUUUUUUCCCCUUGUCUCAUUGCCAGAGAUUCUGUUAGCAGUGCGGAUAUUUUGCAGAGGUAAUCACACGAAGGAGGAGGUGCCCUGCAUGAAUCUAUCUUUUUUUUUUUUCCCCUUGGCAGAUGUGCAAUAUUUUCCCACUUGAGUUUGCCCCACAUCUUGCACUGUGUAGUACCCAAGCGAAAUAGCUUGCCCUGUACAGAUAUAUUGAAUAGCAUCAACUGGUAUGUUCCUUGAUCCAUAUAAUUUUGCCAAGGAGGUAUUUGUCCACUAUGGAUCUGAAAUUUUGUCCACUGUGGGUAAUGGGACUUUAAAAACUGAGUUCAAUGGGCAGAGUACUAGAUGCUGUAAAAGAAUCUACACAACUCUAACACUUCCAGGCAAGUUUAAUUACAUGUUUCAUUAUCCCAGUUCACUGCUAUUCCCAGAGAAACACAAACUUCUUGCUUUCUCCUCUGCCCUUAAACACACACACAUAUAUUAAGAAAAUCCAGUAUAUAAACUCAGUGUACACUGAAGAGAGGAAUAACUUCAGAAAUGCUGAUGUCACUAUGCUCUCAAUUUCACUUACGUCCUUGGUCUGGUAAGUGUGAGAUGAUCCUAUGUCCUACCCAUUAAUUUAUUAACAAUCUUACCUUAAGGAAUAAGGGUUUAUAUCAACGAUGUCUGGUGCAGCUUUAACUGUUUGAGAAUUUAGUGUACACUAAGUAAUUUUAAAUUUAUAAUACCGUACUUGCUGUAGGCUGUCUUCCAGCUCACCUAGAUUAAUUGGAGUAACUUCUAUAUUGUAAAUGGACAUAUUAAUCAAAAAGGUUUUCUAUAAGGACCUGCUGUGAGACUCUUGACAGAACCUCGAAACAAGAAACAUCAAUGGCAUGUACAGUGACAAAAGAGACUUCAUAAAGAAAUGCCAUCUUAAAUCACCCAUUCUCAUUUCAUGCUUCCUCCUACCAAGGAAUAGCUACCAUAAAGACCUCGAAAGUCUGUAGAAAUUCAUCAAAAAUAUGACUUGCAUGUUUUGAACUGAAUUUUUUGGUGGGGAAAACCAAAAACAAAAUCGGCCAAACCCAAAAACCUGAGGAGGUAAUAGUUUGCUUGAUUGGGCUUUACAUUAUUAAUGUAAAUUAAUUACUACUGAGGGUUUUUCUUUAAACUGACAAAUAUCUCAAGUGAUAAUGUUCAUCAUGUAAUAAGUGAGGUUUGUUGAAGCUUUUAAUCCAAAGAGUCUUCUGGAGAUAGUUCCUCGAGACUGCAAAGGGUCUGUCUUUGAUUAAAAUCAAUAGCAAAAAUCCUCUUUAUUCGUUGUGCUUUAAUUAUUAGGUCAAACAAACAUGUUAUAAAAAAGUCAUGAUAAAUUAAUUAAGCAUUUCCACUAACUGAUGUGUAAUAUAUUUUCAUGUGUUUUGUGUUUGAGUUAUUUCUGUAGCUUCCCUCCAAGAGCUUGUUGUGCAAUGUAUAUUAUUUAAAACUUGAUGGUUUUGCAAUAUUGAAGAUAUGCAUUUAGUCAUGUCCACAUACUUGCUGAAAAAAAGGAAGGCAAAGUUCUAAGCUCGGGUUCUCACUUUGUCCCAAUCUGUGCAAACAUAAUGCAUGUGCAGGGUUUCAGCACAGCUAGUCUGAACUGCUGCUUUUAUUUAACCAAAGAACGCUCCCUUUCUGAGUAAAAUUUUGUCACUUUGGUGGAUGAAAUGCAAUCUGUCUUGUUUCUGGAUGUGUGUUGCAAUUUGCAAUGUACUUUAUUUUCUAAAGAUACUGAACGUUGUUAACAAAAUUGAGAGGAAAUGCAAAUAAAACAAAUUUCAUAGUGGGAGCUGCAGUUAGAAUAUUCUUGAGUCUGCAGUACAACAUUAGUCAGAGUAAUGACCUUUAGCUGACAGCCAUUAUAAUUUCUAUUUGAUAUGAACAUCUACGUUUUUUUUUUUUCCUGAACCAAGCUAAUUUAUCUGGAAAUAUUUCUGGGAAUUGAGACUCAGUUCUGCCUCACCACGGCCUUGCUUUUCUCAAGAGAAAAAAGUCUAACCAAGCACCUUUUAUCUUUCCUUCAUCUUCUCAUUACUGUCAGCUUUGCCUUCGCUAUGGGAGUUAAAUGUCACUCUUAACAACGUUUGCUCUUCUUUUCUGUACACGGGGACUGAGCGCUCACCUCUCAGGUGUGCUUCAAUGGUGUUUUGGAAGUUUCCUCGAUGCUAUUUCUUCCCCUGCUAGCCUUGCUCUUACAAGUUCUUGUUACAGCUUGUUCUCCACUGUGCACUUUCCUCUGGCACGCUUUGUGAAGUCAAGGCUGACAAUUUACUUUUUCAUCUUGCUUUCCUGCACCAUCUCCUUUCAACAGAAUUCAGGCUAUCCCACUAAAAUUCCUGCUUCAUAGCAAAUAAAGGUUUUGGAAAGAGUCUAUAUUUCCUAUUUAUGCCUUACACUCUGUCUUGCCACUGGCUGGACUACGUGUGCCAUGAGGACCAUAACAACAGUUUCCUAACUUGUACAAAUCCCAGUGAACAUCAUUUUCAUAUUUCCAACGAAUUCAUAUUUUACAAGAGCAUUUCCUGCAGCUCUUCUUUCCCUUCCUACUGGUUCUUUAUACUUUUAUCCCAUUUCUGGAGUAAUGUCUAUUCUGAUUUCAUUAUGUCUUUCACUUUUUUACUGAAAAAUUCUUAUUUAAACAGCAUUUUUUGACUCACUAAAGUCUUGACGAUCUUUCUGUAUCUGCUUUUUGCCAAAUACUGAAUUUGUGGUCCUUCCAAAUUGUCUACAUUGGCCAUCCCUCAGCACAGUUCACCCCUUACCUGCCUCUACUCUCCUAGUGACUCCAUAUGCCCUCUCCCAUCUAACAUUCUCCUGCACCUCUGUUGCCAUAUGCUCUUUUUCUUUAUUAUUUCAUCAUUAACUCUAGUUUUAAUAUGUUCUCUCAACUUCCAACUCCUUCUCCACAGCCCCUUCCACAUUACUUUAUCUGUUCAUUCCUGGCUGUCUUCUUUAUUUUGCUACUUUAAUCUUGUUCUUACAAUGCUUGAUGCCUUUGGAGAGGGUCCCAACACUGCCAAAUAUUUUUGGAGACUGCUAAAGAGUUACUUUAAUGAAUAUGUUUGGUUCGAAGUGAUUUGUUUGUUUGUUUAUUUAAACAAUGACUCUGGAAUAGAAGUAGGAACACAUAGUUCUUGGUGCCAACAUAGACUAGGGCAGCUCAUGGACCUCAUGGCUUUUGCCUGAUGACAGACACCUUCUGCACAAACUAUUCCAAGGCUCUACUAGACUCUGCAUCAGCAGCCACAACAUGUAAUCAAGAUUAGGAAGGACAUUACCUAAGUUUGACAGUGUUGUUUGACAACAUAGGUAACAACAUAUGAUCACACAACCAUCUACAUCUGAAGGAAAAAUGGGUGCAUAAGACAAUUCAGAAAAGACCAGUAGCUGGUGAAAACAAAUGAUUCAUUUCACAAGCUGGAAAAAGGUACAGCUAUUUUUAAUAAAAGAAUAGGAAAGACUCUAA